AGCGCCCCAGCGACCCAGAGGCGGCCGCGUGAAGGGGAAGAGGCACCGCGGCCCCUCGGGCUGCCCGCGGGGGAAACGGCGGCGGCGGGUGCCGCGGCGAUUCUUCUAAUGCAAUGACUCAGCAGCUACAGGAUGAAUUUGACAGUAGCGUGGAGAAUGCAGAAGCUUGGAUGAAAGCUAUCCAAGAGAGACUGAGAAUCAAUGACAACACCAAGGGACCUCGAUCUGCCCUAGAAGCCAGACUAAGAGAGACUGAGAAAAUACGUGCACUGGAACCAGAAGGCAGCUUGAAAAUUGACUUGAUUCUUGUGAAGGCAGAGGCUGCUCUUCGCAGCAUUGGCGAGGAUAAGAAGCAUGAGGUACUAUCUAAACUGAAAGACAUUAAAGCCUUGUGGGAAGAGACAGCCAUAUACAUUACUCACUGUCACAGUCGUAUUGAGUGGGUUUGGCUGCACUGGAGUGAGUACCUGAAAGCCCAAGAUGAGUUUUAUGAAUGGAUUCACAACAUGAAGGUGACCUUGGAGCCUGACAUUGAGUUGCAGCUUGGCUUAAAGGAGAAGAAGUGGCAGCUAAGCCACGCUCAGGUUCUGCUGAAUGAUGUCUUAAAUCAGUCAGUCCUACUGGAAAGGCUGCUAGAGGAAGCUGCUUCCUUGUUCAGCAGGAUAGGUGACCCCAGUGUUGAUGAAGAUGUUCAGAAGAAAAUGAAGCUGGAAUAUGAAGGAAUCAGAGAAGAAGCUCAGCGCAGAGUGAAACUGCUUGAAAAGAUAACCAAGGAACACGAGCAGUACAGCGCUAACGUCAACCAGUUUCAAUUGUGGCUGAAUGGUGUGACACAAAGAUUAAACUCUUGCCUUGGAGAAGCAACCAAGACUUCAGCAGAGGACAGGUUAAAGGCACUAAAGGAAAUUGCCAAAACCAUUAGGAGCGGUGGAAAGAAAUGGAAGCACCUUGAAACUCAGUGUGCAGAGGUGAUUCAGAAUACCUCCCCACUUGGAGCUGACAGAAUGAAGGAUGAACUUGAAGCACUAAGAAAAGCCUUAGAGAAGCUGAAAUUGCUGGGUAGUGAGGAGGAGGACAGAUUGCUCAAGAUCCAGCAGUCAGAAAGUGCGUACAAGUCCCAAGCCAGACAAUUAAAUGCAGAAGUCCAGGAGUUGAGAAAUGACCUAGAGAGACUAGAAAAUGACCUGGACCCUGGGAAAGGGGAAAAUACUGAAGAUGGAUUUGUAACUCUAUGGAGAAAAUGCAAUGCAACAAGAGCAGCUCUGGCUGCAGAAGAGUCCAAGGUUGAGAGGCUGAAGGGUCAGCUUAAGGAACUGCUACGGUUUUCCCAAGAUGUGCAGCCACAUGCUGAGAGUGUUGUUUCUGCAAUACAGCAGUACCAAAGUGUUAAAGGCAAGACAUCUAAAAUGAGCACUGAUAUAGAAAGCCAACUGAGAAGACUCUUCCAAAACCCCCUGCAAGAGUUUGAACAGUGGAAGCCAUCAGUCCAGAUGUACCUGGAGACUCCGGAGCCAGUGCUGGCUCACAUUGAGGCUGCUCUAGCUGAAAGCUCCCAAUUCAAAGAGAAGUUGAUGACAUUACAGCUGAAGAAAGAUUUGCUACACAACAUCCUUGGUGAGGAAAAAGCAAAGUCUUUCCUGCAAGAAGUAGCUGAAGCUUCAAAGGAAAGAGAAAUUCUACAUAAAAGGCUGCUGCAAAGCAAGAGCAAACUCCAGAAUUUGAUAUCACAACACAGGGACUUUGAUGCUGGUUUUGCACCUUUGCAGAAGAAAUUAUCUGCCAUCAAAGCCAAAUUAGAACUAGAGAAGGAACCACGGCCUGACCUUUUGGGUAAAAAGACACAACUCCAGAGACUCCAGAUGAUCCAAGAUGAGUUGGCAGAGCUUGUGAUUCAAAUGGAGGAGGUAGAGAAGCUUGUCCAGUCAAAUACCACACACAGACAUGAAAUGAACCAACUUUCAUCUGAUGCCCAGGCCCUGAAGAGAUCAUUAGAGAUGAUGAUACAACAAAGUGAAGAGCAUGUUCAGAAGCAUUGGGCAUAUAAUGACAAACUCUCCGACCUCCAGCAGUGGAUCACAGCAACCACAGAGAAGAUUGACUCCUGCCAGGGUGCUGGUGAGGAGCAGAACACCGAGGGAAGGAUGACAGACCUUGAGAGAUGGAUAGCUGAGUUUCCAGAUAAGGAGAUCCAGCUGCACCUUGUGGAAGCUCAUGGCCAGCUGGUCAUGGAGAAUUCUUCCCCAGAGGAGACUGCCCAUGUCCAAGCAGAGCUGGAUCAGCUGAAGAAGUCAUGGAGAUCACUGAAGGAGAUGGCAAGAGGUCUUCUCAAACAGUGGCAGUUACAUGAACCAGUGACUGAUAAGAAGAAGAAAAUAGAUUCUGUGGACAGCAGAUGGAUGUCUGGACCUGGUUUCCACCUUCUAGAUGCAGAUCCCAACCAUAAGCAGGAGGGGAUAGAAGGGCAAAAUAUGAGCAGCCGCUUGAAGCUCCUACACAGCUUUGAAGAGUGGUUACAAGGCGAAAACACCAAACUGGCCCAAAUUCUUGCUGGGACUUCACCUUCCACAGAGGAAAUUAAGGAACGCGAGAGCAAACUGGAGGAACUGCAGUCUCAUGUGCCUCAUGGUCAGCAAAUCUUUGAGGAUCUUCUUCAUCUUCAUGCUGUUGUUGGAAAUUCUGAGGACAUGGAGGACCUGCGUUACCGAUGGAUGCUCUACAAAUCCCAACUGAAAGAGUCCAUGAGUUCACUGCAAAGUUCUGGGUUGUUGGAAGAACCAGGCAGAUUCAGAAAGAAACGCUCUGGGCGUGUGUGCUCCUUCCUGCAUCGAGUGUGCUGGGCAGCACUGCCUUUGCAGCUACUCCUCUUGCUCCUCCUGCUCCUCGCUGUCCUCAUGCCCCUGGCUGAAGAGAGCCAUAGCUGCACACUGUCCAACAACUUUGCUCGGUCCUUCAAGUUGAUGCUGAGAUAUGAGGGCCCACCUCCAACCUAACUUCUUAGCAUGAGGUGACUCAGAAAUAAAGACUCUUUGUUUUUAACAAUUGCAAGUAUUACAGAUUUUAUGGCUUCUAACAAGAUCAUCAUAUCAACCAGAUAGGUCAAAUAAAUGCAACAUAAGAUUAGUCCACUUUAAUCAUGUAUUAGAGCAAAAUUAAUAUUUUUUACAAUAUUUUCUUAUAUUUAUAAUGUGUAUAUAGAGAUGAUGUAUGUGUAUGUAUGUACAUAUAUAUAUAUAUAUAAAUGCAUAUCUGUGAUCAAACUCACAUCUGCCAAUCACUCAUCCACUAUUUAAGGAUAAUCCUCCAAUAUUUCUGUUUCUACCAUCUUUCAGCAAGGAAUACUGAAUGCUGGUUUUGUUUUGGGGUAUAGUAGGUGAUUUCUAAAAUCAGAUUCUUGUUUACAACUGAAGUCAGAACACGUAGGUGAUGAUAUGGGCAUGCACCAAAGUGCAAACCAGAGAGCAAAUAGAGUAGAAUCAUUUUUGAAUACAGUCAGUGAUAUUCUGCCCAAAGAAAAUUGAGAUGAUUCUAUUUGAAAGCUUGAGCUUUUAUUUUUUUUUCUUCCUUACUUUUUUUCAGUAUCUGAAUGCAGGAAUUGCAGAAAGUAAUUGAAAAUUUUCUACUGUAGUCUACUGUAUGACUUCAGUAGGAGUGGGCCUCCUUUUGUUCUCAUUUUUUACCAGUUUUCUUUUGCAAUUACUGUGUUCUCCAGCCCACUUGAAUCAGGAGAAGUAGAAAGCAGUAGGAAGAAAGCUGGGGGAAAAAAGAGUAUAUACAUUUUUUUAGCAUCACUUUAGAAGAAGAACUUUUAAAUUCAGGUCAUAAUUGUCUGAACCUUGUUUCAGUGAUCUUGUCUAGAAAAAGCAGCAGUAGUAGUGGGGUUUUUUGUUUCUGGGAUUUUGUGGCUUUUUUUUGUGGAGCUUUUUACUUUAUAAAUACAGAUUUGGUUAUGGAUCAUCAAGCCUGAACAAUGGGAUGUAGCCUGGCUAAGUCUCAAAAAAGCAAAAGUUGGGGGUACUUUGGUAAUACCACCCUGGAAACAAGAUUCUUUCCUAGGAUAUUUCUAUAUUAAUGGUUUGUUGAACUGAUGUGAACUGAUUGUAUCAAAAACAGUCAAGCCUUGAUUUUUCUAUACUCUAAAUUCUAAGAUAAUCACAUCUUAUUUACCUAACCUUCUGCCUGAUUGAUCAAAUGGUGUACAUUUUAACAUGGCUUUUUAAUGUACAACCAAUUCAUACUUUAUUGUGAUGAAACCAUUCUUAGUGGUGUUUUAUCUAAUGGACUUCUGAGCAAAAAGGUAAUUUCUAAAGUUCUGGGGCAUUUCUGAGAGCUAUCCCUUAUUGUCCCCUGCUUUUAGCCACAGUAAUAAUCAUGAAAAAAACAAAAAAAUCAACAGAAGAAACAGUGACUUUUCCCAUCUGGGCUGUGAAGCAGGAGGAACUUGCCCUCUGGGUAUCAGUGUGGUGUAUUCAGUGUUGUUUUCUUAAAAGGUUCCAAAAUAAUACUAAAUCUGUUGUGCAGAAUAACUAUUUAGUAGCUGAGAGACUGAAGGAAAAAGCCAUACUUCUUUAAUAAAACCAUGAAAGUUUUGCUGUAAACGCAAACUUGGGUAGAAUAGGGAUGUGUAGCAACCGGGAGCUCUUUAUGGUCACAGAGCUAUGGAGAAUAUGCAUAUAUGAGAGAGAACAAAGGUAUCCAAUAAUUUAUAAAGCAUAAAAAAUGAAGUCAUGAUGAGCAGAGAGGCUCUAAGGAGAAAAAAAAUCUCUGAAUCUUUUUUAAUUUCUUCUCCCAGCUGCAGAAUUGCUACUCUGCAUAUUAAACAACUUUUCUUUAGUAAGGUUUAAAAUGGGGCAAGUAGCAGGGACUGUACCAGUGUACUGAAGAGACCCUUCCACCACCAGGACUCUGUCACUGUUUGUGGUAAUGCUUCUGACUACAUUGGGUUUGCUAGAGUUGACAAAAAUUGUCAAACUUCUGCUAUAAGCAAAAAGAAGGGUGGCAAUUAGAGAAUAGGGAGAAAAGAUGUUGAAGAUAUUUUGGUGGAGCACAAGGUGAAUGUGAGUGUGAGGAGGAGCUGAACUGUAGCAGCUUAAAACCUGACUGUCAGGAGAUAGCAGAGAAACUCUAGAAAGCAGGCAGAGGGGGGCUGAAAGAAGGGUGAAGAGAGAAGAUGUAUGCUAGGUAAUAACACAUUCACAUUUAAUGAGAAGUGAAGGAAGGUAAGGCCUGCAAUUACUUUUGUGAACGAGCCAGAUGGAGAAGAGCUAUAAUUCAUGAGGGAAUAGGACACAUUAAUUCCUUCUUUGCAAUCGUUCUUUUUGGCAGGGGAAGAUGAUCCUCCCUCUCUCCCCUGAUUAGCUGUUCAAGAGCCCUGCACGUUCCUCCAGUGCUUCUCUAAAAAUUGCUACCAGCCCUGAGGGAAGAACCCUGUGGCUGUGCAGCAAGGAGCAGCUCAUCAUCACACACAUCUCCAUGUCACAUUCAAUGCUCCAGUAGAAAAGACACGGGGGGAGACUGGGGGGAGAGAGGCAGUAACAAAGCCUGCUGUAUGUGGUAGCAUAGAUUUGUACUUGUGUGUGUGCUUUUCUGUGCUAUAGCUACACUGCAGUUAGAAAAGUUUUGCUAACUUCUUACUAAGUUUCGCUGAGCCAGUCCAGAUGGUGAAAGUAAAAUGCCAAAGAGAAAGUAAAAAUAAUGAGGAAUAACAUAGCUGCAAGAGAAAAUCAGUAGAGAGAUAGAUUUUUUUUCUACAAAGCACAAAAUCUCACAUCAGAUUUCUUUCUGCCCAGCCUUUCUGGUCUGGAUGAUUUUUAUGAGUUCACAAAUGCACAUUUGACACCACAAGAGUAAGCAACUGGGGAGGAAAAAAUUCUACAUAGAGGACCAUAGCAGAACAACUGCGUCGUCACCUUGAUUUUUCAGUGUUGUGGCAGGUUUAAAACCACCACUAAAUUAGAAAC